UGACGCGGUGCCUCCUAUACUCAAGGCGUCCCGAAUGCUUUUUCAAUCCUCGUCACAAGCAUAAAAACAAUGAUGCUAAUACAAAUGCUGUACUCUAAUAUACCCCCCUUUUCACCAUGUACGCCCAUUUAUUAAGUCAUUUCGAAUGAGGACAAAUUCAUUACCACACCCAUUUCCAUACCUAGUAGCAAUCUUCUACUUCUUGUUCGCGCUCUUGUUCGCUUGCAAUAUACUGGCCAACUGCUGCGCAGACUCUGGCUUUUUGACUUGCAGCACCCACGUUUCGAGACCGGAUCCAUUGUCGUCUGCUGCUACAAAGUUGACUGUCUUCUCCUUGGCUUUGUAUUCGACGUCUGGGAGGAUGGCUUUAUUCAUCGCGAUGUGGCCUCGAGGCUCGGCACGUAGCAACACACGGACGGUUCCGCUUGUCUUGUUCUUAAGAACACGUAGCGGUCCCACUCCCUGAGUUGACCAUGGUGACUUCCUCUCCUCUUCAUCGUCGCUGCCUUUAACUAUCGGCACAAACUUGAUAGCCUUGGCGCGCACUUCGUGUAAGAUCAUCUCGUCC